CCCUAUCUAAUUUGAUAUGUCUUAACCAAUUCUACUCCUUAGCCUAGGGUUCAUGUAUAUAAACACAAGCUUCCGCACACACUUGAAACAACGGCAAAAAUAAGCAUAGAAGCUCCACAUCGGACCACUUUCAAGAAUAUAAUUCUUUUAUCUCCAGCCUGUGAAUAGCACUGUUGGAUUUGAAUAUUCUGUGAUGGGGGACACAGAAAACACACUUCCACCAUCCAAGAAAAGAGCUGCUGGAAGAGAAUUAUCAAGAGAUAACCCUGGUCUUGAUGAUGAAGAAGAUGAUAUUCUUGAUCAAGAACCAGGCACAUUCAAGAAAGCUAGUGAAGAAGUACUAGCCAAUAGAAGAAUUGUAAAAGUCCGCAGAAAAACACCAUCUGCACCUUCAUCUAAUCCUUUUGCAUCAAUCCAAUUAAUACCCCCUACAGAUCCCACUCCUGUUACACUCACUAAUGUUCAAGAAACUGAAAAGACAGCUUCAGAAGCGGUGGAAAUAGAAUCUCAAGAUAAUGCAAAAAAAGAAACUGAAAAUCAAGAAGAUGGUGCUGAUCAACAACCUGAAAUCCAAAAAGAGGAGGCUGAAUGUGAGGCGAAAAAAGAGACUGAAACUGAAAGCAACAAAGUUGAAAAUGAUGAAAAAAGCACCAGCUUUAGCUCAUUCCAACACCUUUCAAGUAGCCAAAAUGCCUUCACUGGGCUUGUAGGAACAGGGUUUUCAAGUUCAUCAUUUUCAUUUGGUUCAAUUACAAAAAGUGAGAAUCCAAGUUUCCCUUCUUUUGGUAGCAAUGGAAUUGAGAAAAGCGAGGGAAACAAAUCCAUGCAAGAAGUACACGUGGAAACAGGUGAGGAGAAUGAAAGAGCUGUUUUCACAGCAGAUUCUGUGCUGUUUGAGUUUCUUGAUGGAGGGUGGAAAGAACGUGGGAAAGGGGAAUUGAAAGUGAAUGUUUCAAGAAGUGGAAUUGGGAAAGCCAGACUUGUGAUGAGAGCUAGAGGGAAUUACAGAUUGAUAUUGAAUGCGAGUAUCUUUCCUGAUAUGAAACUGACAAAUAUGGAAAAGAAAGGGAUCACAUUUGCUUGUUUGAAUAGUACAGGUGAAGAAGGGAAAGAUAGCCUUUCAACUUUUGCUUUGAAGUUUAAAGAUUCUUCCAUUGUUGAUGAGUUUCGUGCUAUGGUUACACAACACAAAGGCAAUACAGAUACAACAACAGCUGUUUCAUCUUUGAAGACCCCUGAAAAUUCUCCAUGAACAAUGAAUGCCAUUUUCAUCUCUCAGGUAUCUAUCUGCUUGCCUUUUUGUUUUCAAGGCCAUAUCAUAUGAGGUGUUGAAUUAAUGAAAACAGAUUUUAGGAGUUAUUUUUCUUUAUGUAAACAUUAUAUCCUAUGAUCCCAUUUCUAUCCAAUCUGUUGCUAUUCA